CAAAAAUAACUUAUAGCGAUUGUUGUUGUUUUAGAUUUCCGUUAAUUUGUUGCUGCCUGAUAUGCCACUGCUCAAUUUUCUGCAAUAUCAGUCACAUCAACAACAAUAGCGACAACAACAACAACAAUGGUCACAAUAUCAAAAACAACAAUAACCACAUAAAGUUGUACGAAAUGCAACAAAACCGUAUAUUGGCGCACAUUACAGUGCAUAAGUCACAACAACAACAACAAACAGAGUGUAAGCGACAACAAUGUCGUGCAGUGCAGUGUCGGCAUUGCCAGCAUCAGUCCACUGCUGAAAGCACUCUUCUUGCGUUUGCUGUACAAAAGACCGGCAGUCGGGGAGGCCAUGGCAGGCAAGCAAUUGAAUCCACAGCCAACAACAGCAACAAUAUGCCCAUCACAUCGUGUGACUUAUUUUCUCUGUACUUUACUUUCGUGUGCGUGCGUUUGUAUGCAUGUGUGUGUGUGCUGCUACAAUUUCCACGAGUCUGCUGUGCACUCGGUCGCUGGCUCGGCUUCAGUCUCCUUGAGCUUGUGGAACUGUGAAAAUGUGUGACGCGUGAUUUUCCUCAAACGCGACUUUCCGUGCCGUUUUGACUGAUGUUAUUAAAUAUCUCUUUUAUUUUCAACAUUUCGUUUGUGUUUUUAAAUAAUUUCGACAAUAUUUUGCUAUUUUCUAUUCAUACUUAAGUAAACUUUAUGUGCGUGCAACUGUGUGCUUCCAUAGUACAACUGUGAAACCGAAGAAAUUACGGAAAAUUGUCGGACAAUAUUUAUUAGUCUGGAAUCCUUCGCAGUGUAUGACGCAGUUGAAGCGUAAAUCGAAGGAAAUUGAAACUUCAGCAGCAGACCUUGUGAAUUUCAGUGCAAAAAGUACCUAUGACAUAUUUACAUUAAAAGAAAUGUAAAAAAAAAAUAUUUUAAAUUUAUAUAUGAAACAAGUGUAGACGUGAAGUGUUUCAAAAAAUAUGUGCUAUUAAAUGCACAUAAAGAAAAAUAUAAAUAAAGAGCGAAAAGAAACGUCUGUUUGUAAGAGAAACCUUUGACUUUGUGCCAAAGUAUUUUAUAAAAUAAAUACAGUGAAGCGUCGUUCUAAGUGUGCGUUUUGUGCAUAAUUGUUACAUACUGUUUAAAGAAAAAUAUAAAAAUAUAUUUAUAUACAUAUAUUGUUACAUUGUAAACGACUCGAACGACUAUGGCAAUACUAAGCAGUUGAAUAAUUUAAUUAGACAAAAAAAUAUUGGUUAGAGGUAAACCGCAGGUAUAUGCAAUCACGUGGCAAAUAAAGUUUCGGAGCCAACUACAAGCAUAUUUAUACAUACACAUAUGUAACGGUAUAUAUUGACUACAAAAAUAAUCAAACAACCAAAAUAAACUUGAAAAUCCAAUGAGUGACGUAGCAACAGUGUAAAGUGUAGCCUCAAAGCAGCGGAAAAAUUUUAUUAAAAAUUCCAAAAUAAAUCGAAUGAAGAUUUUGGAGACAAACGGCGUUGCGGUAGAGUUAAUUAUUGACGCAUAAAUACUGCAGACUGACGUCAGAGCAGCAACGCCAACAGCGUGGCAGCUAAAAAUACAGACACAAGUAGAUGCAACGCGUGGAAGAGGGCUGUGGCAAGCCAACGCGAGCAAGUGAUUUCGAGGCGCAACAACGCGUUGGUCGGCAAAUGAGCGCGGAGUGCCGAGCGCGAGCACAUAAAAAUUAAAAAUAAAGACUAAAAAAUAAAAAAGUAAAAAAAAAGAAGAAAAACUAUAAAACAUAAAAAUUGUAUGUUAGAACUAAAGCGGCAGUAAUAAGAAAUAACAACAAAAAAUAUUAAGUGUUGAAAAUUAUUUCCAUCGCGUACGUGCGUGCCGCCACUGGCAUGCAACAUUGUUGCACAGCAACAACUCGCUAUAAACACCAAAACUGAAAGCGAAAUUUCGCCAACAUUUCACAACAACACGUUUAUGCCAAUGUUGUUGCUAAUGUGAAGACACACACACACACACGCGCCUUACUCGAUCGAUGUUGUUAACGUUCUUCAGCUUCCUCAUGCGAUUCGUAGACAUUUCCAAAUUGCACAGCGACCGCUGCAAUUGCACGAACGGCGCCGACGAUUGCCAGAACAAGGUAAAAUGCUGGCAACAAGCCGCCGCCGCAGCAGCGGCCGCUGCCGCACACAAAGCCAACGUGGCCAACUCGAACAGCAGCAGCACGAGCAGCGGCUGCGACAGCAAUGCCUCCUCGGCGUCGGCUGGCAGCUCCACCAAAGAGAAUUAUUACGCAUUGAAUAUGCCGCCACAGCAGCGGCGUCAGCAACAGCGCCAGCAGCAACAGCAGCUGCAUCGCCAGGCGGCACAACAUCAGACCAUAACACCGCAGCAGCUCGAGCAAAUACGUUAUUACCAACAAAUGCAACAACAACAAUUGCAGAUAUUGCAACAACAAUUGCUGCAGCGUCGUCUGCUGCAGCAGCAUUUGCGCGAACAGGGCGUGGAUGUGGGCGUGCGCUCGCCUAACCUUAGUGGAGAGAAAGGCCGCGACGGCAAUAGCGGCGUCGUCGCUGCUUCACCGCCGCGUUUGAGCAGCGCAAAUGUGUCCGCGGCGCUUACCUGCAAUCAGCAGUAUUUGAUAGAGCAGCGUUUGCAACAGCAGCAACAACAACAACUGCCGUCACCACAAUGGUUGCGCAACAAUCACAAUUACAAAUUCAAUAAUCAGCACAGCGACAACAAUAUGCUGUACAACAACAAUGACAUAAUUAACAAUAAUGAUGAUUUCGCUGUGCUCCUCAGUGACAUUGGUGUGGGACAACAAAAAGGACAAAAAUUCCGUCGUGGCAUGACAGAAUUCUCAACAAACAACGAUAUCAACAACAAAUCACAUCUAUCACAACCGCUUCAAAAUUCACCACGUCAUUACGCUUACUCCCAAACGAAACAAUAUCAUCAACAACAUCAACCGAAUCUUUCACAACAAUCACAACAACAACAACCACAUCCUAAUUCCCCACAACAUAACGCCAAUAACAUAAAUUCACAUUUUACCUACGCUUUCAAGCAGACGCAUAACAAUAAAAAUAAUCUGCAAACGCUUCCCUUAAAUUCUUCUGCAAAUACAUUUACAACAACAUCACAUAUAAAUAGUAAUAACAUCACAACAGCAAAUAAUCCAUCAUCACCCACAUCGGCGACACAAUCGCCAUUGCAUUACAAAAAUCCAUUAAAUAGUCCGAACAAUUCGCCAUUUGCUUUCGCCUACAACAACUACGGCGAAAACGAGCGUGAACGCGAACCACAGCAGCAACAGCAGCAGCAAAGGAGCAGCGGCACAGCUGCCACGGCACAGCAACAUCAAUUGCAACAACAUUUGCGUAGCGGCAAGACGUUGCCGCUUCUGACGCAGACGCAAUAUCAGCAGCAUUUGAAUGAUUUGCUGCUGCAACAACAACACUUGCAAAAGCACCAGCAACAGCUGCUCAGCGCCAAGGACGCCGACGACGAACUGAGCGAGGAGAGUCUCAAGCAGAAUGUUGCAAUAGUGCUGAACAAUUUGGAUCGUUACAACAACGCGCUGCGCAGCAUCAUACUGAAUGAGCAAGUGAGCGGACAGAGCAGUGUGCUGAUCGACGACAGCUUGUUGGUGGAGAGUUUGGGUGCGAACAAUAAUUUUCUGUUGAAUUGUGGCAAUACAAUGGCUGCGCCAGCAACGCCGGAAUCGGAUUACAAUAGUAAUGCAACAACGCCCGGUUCGCGUCACAACAUGCCGCUCGAUAGCAAUAUGCUGCAGCAGCAUCAGCAUUUGGUAGGUUUCGCCAACGCAGCGGCUGCGGCUGCGGUAACAGCUUGUGGUGGCGGUGGUGGUGGUGGUGUUGGUAGUGUUAGUAAUAAUAUAAAUGGUGUUGGUGGUGGUGGUGGUGGCUACUUUGGCAACAAUGUUGCCGGCAACAAUUUAAAUUAUUCGAUUGCUUCUUCACACGAUUUCACUCAUGACAAUUCCGAUUAUCAGUGGCUACUAGAUUGCGACUAUCGGGAUGGCUGCGGCACCGGACUGCAGCGCAGCAUAUUCUCAUCGCUGUCGGGCUCCUACAGUGGCGACAUAAUCUUCUACAAUGACUUCUCGAAAAAACUCGACGCUAAUCUUGCCGAAGUCGAUAUGGAAAGCUUUCGUGCCGAGGACAUCUUACUGCAUAUGCCGUCGUAUUGCAAGAAUAUGAGUAACAGUAAUCGAUUGCAACAAUCGUUUUUGUUGCAACAGAAUGCAUUGCCCGCAAAUGCACAAGAACAUGUUGGUGGCGUUGGCGGUGUUGGUGGUGGUAUUAACCACUUAUCACAAACUUCGUUGACCUCUAAUAAUGAGCUUAUCGAUAAUUCCAUUUGUAAGUCGGAAUUGCUCUUCUCGCCGGUCAAAGAGUCGCACUUGUCCGCCGAUUCGCUCGAUAUGGACGCGUAUCCGGAAAAUGAGGACAUCAUCUUGACGUGCAAAGCGAACAAGGACAAUUACACAAUCGCUUUCGAGGGCAGCGUACUGUACUCGGAUGAGAGUUUCUAUGCUGAACCCUCCGAUGUCGCCACAAGAAACACACAUAAUUUCAUUAAUUUGCAUAGCAAUCUUGAGGAUAUUGUCAAGCGCAAAGCUUUGGACGUGUCCAUGUCACGCUCGGAGCAGGCCGCCAGUGUGCGCGGCAAGCUACAAAAGAGCAACACAACACAAUUACAAAGAUAUCCGUCGGGCAACAACAACACCGCCGCCAAUAACAUCUUUGUGCAAAUACAACAAAUACAACACACACCCAAUUGCACGGUGCGCAAAAGUCGCAGCGUACCAAAUCUGCGCGAGCACAAAGAUCCAACUGCAAUGGUUUGCAGCGGUAUUGCGGAUAUACAACAACAAAAACAUCAUUCGCAGCAGCAACAGCUGAAUGUCUCGCAGGCGGUUAGCACCUCCAAUAUGGAGUGUUGCAAGACGUCGCGUAAUAUGCUUCCCAUGUGCCAGAUGCCAAUCUCGUCUAAUUCCAUAAUCGCCUCCAUUACGUCGGAGCGUCUGAAUGCGGCUGAGCAAUUGCAAACGCAGCAUCAUCAUCAUCAUCACCAGCAGCAGCAGCAGCAGGAGACACUGCUACAACAACAGCAGCAACAGCAAAAUGCCUCCCAGUUACGUCACAAACAUCGCUGCUCUUGCCAGCCAUCGAAUGCCGUUUUGGCUGCCGCAGCCGCUGCCGCCACAAAUAGUCACAAUUGCCCCGCCGCGCAAAAGCAUGCGCCCAUUACGGGCUCCGCUUCGUCAGGUAGCUCGAAUCCACCCGCCUUCAAUCUAGUCAAACUAUUCAUCAAACAAAAGAGCAAUAAUUCCGCCACGGACGAGCAACAGAUGAGCACACACACUUGUAUGGAUGUGUCGUCGGGUUGUUGGCCGUCAAGCGAUGCGGCCGGCUCGAGUAGUAGCUCAUCGUUGGAACAGCGUCUGCGCAAGAAGAGCAUGAAUGAUUCGGGUAAGGGUUCGGCACUUAGCCGACACGAUGAGGAUGAGGAGCAAUUGUGUGCGCAAGUGCGUGACACAUGUGAGUCUGCAUUCCAGGCGGAGCCACAUCAUGGCCAUGCCGGUCAUCCCACGCCCACGCGACGUCACUUGCGUAUACGUAACGAUGCCGUUUUCUACGAUGAAGAUCCCAGCUCAAGCUCAAGUGGUUCUUUGACAGCCACCAAUUCGCCUGCGCAUCGACGUAGAAGUAUGCCGCCGCGCCAUCCUCAAUUGUGCCAACUGGUGACGCAACAUAAGGACGUCGGUACGGCAUGCAGUUUGCAGUCGUCGGAGAAUAGUCGCAGCAAUUCCGAACAACUUACACAGGUCUAUGUAUCGACUGGUACGUCGUCAACCACAUUGGAGCGUCAAAGAUCGCGUUGCGAAGGCGCACAACCCACAGUGUCGGCGGCUUCGAGUUCGGAAUUGAUUUCACGCUCAAUGCAAACAUCGUGUGGCUCGUUGAGUACGCGUAGCAGUAUGAGUGAUCGUUUUCGAUUCGUGCCACCUUCCUUCUUGGCGAAGCUGAAUAAUUUGGGUGAAGAGCGUCAGGCGCCAAUUUAUGUCAUCUAUCCCAAUUACGCGUUGCCCGAUUUGGGUUUCGUAAAGACCAAUUCGACGGCAGAUGUGAUCUUCUCGCCGUUCAAUUACAAAAUGGCUAUUGGCAGCAAUGACGAUUCGGCUUCGAUGGCAUCGCUGAAGAAACGCGUCAACUUAAAUAGCAAUGACGAUGAGAUACUCAAGGCCAUGGACUACAAGCACGUAAUGGAUUGGCAAUCGUUGACCACACUUUUGCCGGCGGACUAUCGUCGACGCUUGAAACACAUUCCUGAGGUGAAUAGUUUGUUGCCAGAUUUGGAUGCCGAGCUGUCGCAGCGUCCGCUCUUCUGCAUGACUCCACCCAUACGCCGUAAUCGACCACAUAUAUGCGACUGCGCGCAGUACUUCCAACAGCAACAGACAACACAGCUACAAAAUGGCGAGGAAGGUUCCUCGAGCUCUGCCUCUAGUCAACAACCCAGUUCAGGUUAUCGCGGUUCGUCCACUCUGCUGGCCGACUCUGCUGAUCUCGAGAACGCGGACCCCUUAAAACAAAUGUACAUAUAUCAGUAUGAACAACAACGCAUGGACUCUGGGGUUGAAAUGAGUCCGGCGAUUGGCAAAACACCGCCACAACCCAUGCCACGCGGCAUCUUACGCAAAUCAUCUUCACAUUCGGCGAAUCGUACGAAGCGCAAUUCGAUGAUUGAAGGUCAGCAAUCGAAAUUGUCGAAACAAGAGAAACGUCGCAGUCUACAAGAGCCACCGUAUCAUCAUGCAGUCGGUUCGUCCGAAGAGUUGGGUGAAGUAUUCGAAGAGGAGGCUGAACUAUAUGCAGUGCCACAGCCGCGUCAAGAGCGUCUAUCACGCAAAGAUUUGGAUGCGCGUAUGCGUUUCCUCUCAUCGCUACCGCGUUCCGAGCUAAAAUGUUACGCUGAAAUAGCAGCCAUAUUGGAGUCAUCAACCGAAUACCAGGUCGCCUACGAUCCAGCGGCAUUGAAGAAAGAAGUGAGUCGUGCGCUCAGUCAGCAAAAGAAGGUGUCCUUCAAUGACAUACACACACUCACCGAGAACGAGCAAGAAGUUGAUUUGACUGUGCAACAACAAAUGCAACAACCGCCGAUUGCACCAGAAGCACGUCAACGCUUCACAACACCACCAAAUUCACCGAAUAUCUCGGUGGCCGGCAUGCGGAGCGGUGAGCCAGCAACGCGUCGCUCCUCCCAAAUGGAGCAGCAUCAAACGGCCAAGCGUUUGGCCGCACUCGACGAGCAAGAGAAACGUAAGAUUGAGAGCAAUCGCUUCAAGCGUUUGCAAAUACAAUGGGAACUGAUGAGCAAAGACUCGACAAUGUUGAAGGACUUGGCUAGCGCACAAGAGACGAAGAGCGGUGGCUCAACACCGACCGCCACGGCAGCCACUGCGACGGCGGCGGCGGCGGCAGCAGCAGCGAAUGCAGCGCACAAGUCGCGUAUACCGCGGCCAGUCAGCUAUCCAGCGGGAAAAGCUAGAAAUGCUAAUUGCAAUACGAAACCUGUUUUGAAACCGUUAGAAAAGGUGAAAACCACUAAACUAAGUAUAUCUCCACAAAUUACCAGAAUAAGCACACAAGAAGCCGAUGGCAAGACAACACGUUCGCCCAGCCGCAUAGUGCCGCCGAAGCGAUACAGCAUGACAGCCGGCAUUGGCGGAGCAAAUACAACGGUGGCAGCAGCAGCAGCAGCGACAAACACUGGCGUCGGUGUUGGUGCGGCGCGUGCGCGUACGCCCAACAGUCGAGCGGCGGUGACAGCGCCGAAUACGCCCAAGCGACGAGUGCAGUCGCCAAGAACAAUACCACGCGUGCGAUAAGGACCGUAGCCAGCACACCCACAAACCCGACACUCUGAGACACACACACACACACGAAUUGAAAGACAUGCCCUGCAAAGAAAUUUACAACAAAAAAUUUAUGCUAUUUUUGAAUGCAUAGUUUUCGAACUGAUUUCUACUCUAGUUUAGGCUGCAAAGUAUAGAAAAGCUUGCAAAUUUUGGCAAAACGAGUUUAUAUGAGAGAAACAUACGUUGGCAUUUUGACCUCAACGUUAACGGUACAAUCAAGAAGUACGUGCAAAUGUAAAUGCAAAAUGAUUGCUGAUCGAGACAACAGCAAGUUUUUGGAAGCGAUAAGCAAACUCUUAAUGCAAAAACGAAAUGCAACCGUGCGAGCAACGUAUAGAUAUGUAUAAGUAACGGCGCAUAAAGCGUGCGAGUGCAUAUGUGCGCGCGCCUAAAGUGAUAUUACGUGAAGGAGAAGAAGUGUAGUAGUUGGUUGGCAAGCCUGGCGACGAAAUGCCUCUAGUAUUUCCUUAGUUGCUAAUCUAACUAUACAUAAAUACAUAACAUAAACAUUUGAAUAAGCUAAAGAAAACAAUAUUUAAUUUUUCGUUUCUAAUUUAAACUUAGUGAUGAGAGCAAGUUCUAAUUUAACUAUGUAAAAUGUAAUGCAAUAAAAGUACUCUACAUAAAAACGUACAUACAUACAUAUAUAUAUAAAUAAAUAUAAAUAUAAAGAAAUAUGCUGAUAUAAUGAUAUGAGAACGAAAAACAAAAAUUAAAUGUGUAUGCAACAUGACAUAUACAUACGUAUGUGCAACAACUAUUUAUACAGACACGCAUUCGUGCAUACACACAUACAUAUAUGGUGAGAAAAGUGACAUAAAGUACGUCAAAACGUCUCAUUGCUGUUUGAAAACGCAUAUUUUCGAAGUGUAGCCACAUGCUAAAGCCCUUGAGAGCUGCUAAGGCGCUUGUGGACUUCAAAGGCGUGCCACGCGCAACGCUCGGCUGCGCAGCCAAAUGGAAAUCAAUUAACGUAUUACAAAAAAAUUAGCUCAAAUUCAGAAAAGUAUUGCUAGAAGCGCCGCUAAUGUGUGCAGCUAAAGUAUGAAACACAAAAACAAAAAAAAAAACACAAAAA